UACACUCGUCACGGUGUUUUGUUAUCUUGAAUUUUUUUCACGCUCUGUCAUAACUUUGUUACAAAAAAAAAAUCAUCUUGAUAUUUAUGAUGAAAUAAAGCAGACGAUAAAGUCAGUGCUUCAUCGAUAAAUAAACUACCGGCAUCGCGAUCCGCGUGUGUGGGAGUUGAAUUAUAUUGUUUACAAAGUAUAAUAAUCGAGUAUGGUGCGAGUGACUUUUUUGCACCCCGACUUGGGUAUCGGCGGUGCCGAACGGCUCGUCGUCGACGCGGCCAUCGCCCUGAAGCAGAACGGCCACGUGGUCGACUUCGUCACGACGCAUCACGAUCCGACGCACUGCUUCACCGAGACGCGCGACGGCACCUUCAAAGUGACAGUCGUCGGCGACUGGCUGCCCAGACACAUUUUCGGCAAAUUCUUUGCCUUCUGCGCCUACAUGAGAAUGAUGUGGGCAGCGCUGUAUAUUAUUCUUCAAUCGGAUCGUCCUGACAUUGUGUUCUGUGAUUUAGUUUCAGUGUGCAUUCCUCUUUUAAAGUUACGUAUUCCUGCUGUUAUAUUUUACUGUCAUCAUCCAGAUCAACUUUUAACGACUUAUGAAAGUAAAUUAAAAAGACUGUAUCGUGCUCCGCUGAAUUAUCUUGAAGAAAUCACUACUGGGGCUGCAGAUAAAAUUUUAGUCAAUAGUCUUUACACCAAAUCAGUCUGUGAAUCAACUUUCAAAAGAUUGAAUAUUGAGCGCACUGAAGUAUUAUACCCAUCAAUUAAUACAGCAUUUUUUGAUCAAGUGCAUGUAUUGACUAUUGAAAGAGUUUUGGACAAAAGAAUGUUGCCUGGUAUUUGUUUCUUAUUAUCCAUCAAUAGAUAUGAACGUAAAAAAGAGCUUACCACAGCUAUUCAAGCUUUGGCAGAUUUAAAACAAUACCUCACCCCAGAAGAAUACAGACGAACCUUUUUAAUUAUGGCUGGUGGUUACGACAAAAGAGUAGAGGAAAAUGUGGAGUAUUAUAUGGAAUUAAUUAGCUUAGCGGAUGAGUUAGGUGUAGCAGAUAAUGUAAGCUUUCUGCGUUCUCCUACAGAUAUUGAAAAGGUUUCAAUCUUAAUGAAUGCUCAUGUUCUAAUUUACACUCCUCCCAAUGAACAUUUUGGAAUAGUUCCUUUGGAAGCAAUGUACGCUUCUAAACCUGUUGUGGCACAUAAUUCAGGGGGCCCCAAAGAAUCAGUCAUAGAUAAUGUAACUGGAUACUUAUGUGAAAAAUCUCAAUUUGCAGAAAAAUUAGCAACUCUAAUUAAAGACAAAGAUUUGAGAACUAAAUUAGGAGAAGCAGGCAAACAACAUUUUCAAGAAAAAUUCAGUUUUCAAGCAUUUAGUAAUAAUCUUAAUUCUACUGUUCUAGAUAUGUAUGACAAAAAAAAACGAUAAGUUGUAACAAAUUAUAAAUUUUUAUAGCUCAAUACAUUUUAAGUUUUUAUUCAUAUUUAAUUCAAAUUUCAAAUAAAAUACAUUAUACUUAAAACCUUAACCUAAGGUAUA